CCGUGAGUCAUUUUCUGCCCAUCUCUGGUCGCGCGGUCUCAGCGGUAGUCACCACAUUAAGAGGUUUGCAGGGUUGCAAAAUGGCAGAAGCGGAUCUUAACACGGUUUCGGAACCUGCCUCCCAAAGGGUUGCUGAAGAGAAGAUGGCUAGCUCCUCUAGUGAUUCUGGGGAGGAAUCUGACUGCAGUAGCUCUAGCAGCAGCACUAGUUGCAGCAGCAGCAGCAGCAGCAGCAGCAGCAGCGGCCGCAGCCGCUUAUAUAGAAAGAGGAGGGUAUCUGGGCCUUCCAGAAAAGCACGACGGGCUCCUUUGGGUAAAAGUUUCGUGGAUAGGCUGCCUCGGGCCGUUAGAAAUCGUGUGCAGGCGCUCAGAAAUAUUCAAGAUGAAUGUGACAAGGUAGACAUCCUGUUCUUAAAGGCAAUUCACGAUCUCGAAAGAAAAUAUGCCGAACUCAAUAAGCCUCUAUACGAUCGGCGAUUUCAAAUAAUCAAUGCAGAAUAUGAACCUACAGAAGAAGAAUAUGAGUGGAAUUCAGAGGAUGAGGUGUUCAGCAGUGAUGAGGAGGUGCAGGAAGACAGCCCUAGUGAAAUGCCUGCUUUAGAGGGUGAGGAAGAAGAUAACGAGCCUAAAGGAAAACCUGAGGUAAAGGCUGAAGAAAAUGAGGUUCCAAAAGAAAUUCCUGAGACAAAGGCUGAAGAAAAAGCAGAGUCUAAAGAUUUUCUGGGGACAAAGCCUGAAGUGAAAGAAGACCCUAAAGUAGACCCUCAGGUAAAGGCAGAAGGUAAAGAACAGACUAGAGUAACAGAAGCUAAGGCAAAGGCUGCCAUAAUAGAGGCUCCUAAAAGAAUUCCUGAGGUCAGGCCUAAAGAAAGAGUGAAUCUUAAAAGAGCUCGUAAGGGAAAGCCUAAAAAAGAUCCUAAAGGCAUUCCUGACUAUUGGCUGACUGUUUUAAAGAAUGUUGACAAGCUCGGGCCCAUGAUUCAGAAGUAUGAUGCACCCAUUCUGAAGUUCUUGUCAGAUAUUAGCCUAAAGUUCUCAAAACCUGGCCAGCCUAUAAGUUACACAUUUGAAUUUUAUUUUCUACCCAAUCCAUACUUCAGAAAUGAGGUGCUGACCAAGACAUAUAUAAUAAAGUCAAAACCAGAUCACAAGGAUCCAUUCUUCUCUUGGGGAUGGGAAAUCCAAGAUUGCAAGGGCUGUAAAAUAGAUUGGAGAAGAGGAAAGGAUGUUACUGUGACAACCACCCAGAGUCGAACAACUGCUACUGGAGAAAUUGAAAGUCAGCCAAGAGUGGUUCCUAAUGCAUCAUUCUUCAAUUUCUUUAGCCCUCCUGAGAUUCCUAAGAUUGGAAAGCUAGAGCCACGAGAAGAUGCUAUCCUUGAUGAGGACUUUGAAAUUGGUCAAACUUUACAUGAUAAUGUCAUCCUGAAAUCGAUCUAUUACUAUACAGGAGAAGUCAAAUGUACCUAUGAAGAUAGUACAAAUUAUGGAAACAGGAAAUAUCGAAAAUAAAAAAAGAAGCUGCUUGAAAGAAUUUUCAAGAAUCUCAAAACUUCAAUCAGAAGUGAAGCAGGUUUAUAUAGCCUUAGGCUAGAUGGGAGGGGGGCGCUGCUCUAUAGCCUCAACACUAGCAUUCCUUAUAGUCUUGUGUUUUCAUAUUUUAUUGGUAGUCUGAAAAUGGUCUUACAGUGUCUAAGUAUCAGUUUAUCUAGCCUGUUGUAGUGUAAUAUUCUUCAAAAUAUAUAAAUGUUGCAGUUAUCUAAAGCAUGCUCAUUUUGUGCUAUAAAGUUCUGAUUUUUGUGAAGUUUUUUUGUCAUGUUCCUAUUAGAAUGUAGCUGUGAAAACUGUCAGAAUUGUCAAUUGAGACAAAUAUUUGCUUGAAAAAAACAGUUCCUGAAGUACCAACGCAAGUGUUUUUUUAUUUCCAGCCUGGAAGACUAAAAGUUUAAAUCUGCUUGCACUAGCUGUGCCUUCAUUACUUUGCUAUAGAAAUAUGGUACUUACAGUGACUAGAACAGCUUAACAGUGAAAUUUGCUUAAAAAAGAUUAGCCUACAUUUAAGAAUGUCCAUCGAGCCCAUAUAUGAUAUGACUGUGAGCUUAUUUAUGUGACAUAGUGGUCUAUAAAUUAAUAAUUAAGUUAUUGUUUACCACUGAAGUGUUAGUGACAUGGUAUUUUUUAAAACUUUCCUCAUAUUAUACUGUGUAAUUGUAAACUGAGGUUACUAACCACAUUUUCUUUGUAAUAUGUUCUACUUUAUCUUUCACUAAGAUGAUCACUUUAUAUCAAUUGAUAUUUUUUCAUGUUCUAUUGCAUCCUAAAAUGUCAAAUAAAGUGUAUCAUGCUAUAAAAAUCUAA